AGCGCGGUGCACGCUGGGUCUCGCGAUAGCUGGGGCUAUAUAAGCGCGCGAGGGGGGGGGGCUCCCCCUCUCCUAUCCGCAUCUACAGCAGCCGCCAUGGAUACGAGCCGCGUGCAGCCCAUCAAACUGGCCCGGGUCACCAAGGUGCUGGGCCGGACGGGCUCACAGGGCCAGUGCACCCAGGUUCGUGUCGAAUUCAUGGACGACACCAGUCGAUCCAUCAUCCGGAACGUGAAGGGGCCUGUCCGCGAGGGGGAUGUCCUGACGCUGCUGGAGUCCGAGCGUGAAGCAAGGCGCUUACGCUGAUCUGUGCUGCAGCUGGAUGGCAAGCCUGAUGUGACUACCAUUUCUGAUUUCCUGUAAUGAAGCGACAGUUCAUAUCUACUCCGCUUGACUUAGUGAAGAGGAAUGUUGUGUUUCAGAGACUAAAAUAAAGGAUUUUUUUCCAGUAA